UUGACGUGAGAAACUGGAGGAGGAUUUGCUCUGGUCUUUGCAGCUCAGCCUUCAUGGUGCUGCUCAUGCGGUCGGACACUUCAGAGGAAAAGGGAUUCAUUUCACUUUCUAUCUGGUGGCUGUGGAGUUUUUGAUUAUUUUUUCUUUUUCUUGGAGUUUAAAUAACAUCUUAACACAAAGUGGGGGAUUGUUAAGUUGCAGCGUUGUCGGCCGCACUCCCGGCAUAAAAAAACAUGACAUACAAAUGAUGUUUAACAUUGCUAUAGAUGGAGGGUCAUUCUCUAAAAAUCUGGAGGACUUCGACUCUAUUCGCAGUGUUCUCCUCUACAGUGACCUGGAGCCAGAAUGGCUGGAUGACAUCCAGAAGAAUGGCGAGCUUUUCUACCUGGAGCUGAGUGAGGGCGAGGAGGAGGCCGCGUUGACCCACGCCGCCGCCAACCAAGCCGUGUCCACCAACCAUGUUCGCUUCAGCGAGAAGGAGGCAGAGAUCAUCACGGAGCAGAACAAGAAGCAGCGAUGCGGCUCGCGGGCAAAAGGUGAGCCCACGCUGAAAAGGCUAGCCAGGAUCCUGAGGAGAAAACGCCGGCCAUCUCAGCGCAGAGGAGGAGGGAAGGAUGGAGGUAAAGACAACUCGACCUUAUCGUCACCUCCAGCUUCCAUCCUGAAGAACCAGCCGGGUCAGAGGCAAGGUGUGACGGUGCAGCAGCAGCAGCUGAAGGAAGUGUGUGUCUACCUCAACCCUAAACGUCUCGGAGGUCCAUCGACACCUCUCUCUGACGGCGGAGGCCUGUUGGAAGCGCUGCUGGGGGUCGUGCACCGGCCCUCCUGGAGCAGAGGGCAGGUAGACGCUGCGGUGGUCACACGGGAGGAAAGACUGACUGUUCACGGGUUAAUACCCAACAGCCCGGCCGUCAAAUGUGGCCAAAUCCUAAUUGGUGACGUGCUUCUAGCAGUGGACGAUGUGGACGUGAGCUCAGAAAACAUCGAGCGGGUUCUGUCCUGCAUCCCAGGACCAACACAGGUGAGGCUGACCUUGGAGACGGUGGCUCUGGUGGACGGCAGCGGCACUAGUGACACUUCAUCGGCCCGUAAGAUGAAGGCCUCGCCACCAGUCAGCCAGCUAGUGCGCCUGCUGUGGGGGGAGGACACAGCCGAACUUCAGAUGUCCAUAGGACACAUCCCGCAUAUUGUCAUGUACCUCUCACUUAAACUGGACUCAGCAUCACCACAGGAGGAGGAGGAGAUCUUGUACCAGUACCCGGUGUCUGAAGCAUCCAGCCAGCUGAAAGGAGUGAGGGGGAUCUUCCUUACACUGUGUGACAUGCUGGAGAAUGUCACAGGCGGGCAGAUUAUCAGUUCUUCUCUCCUGCUUGGGAAACAUCUGGUACAUGUGGGCUACUGGAAGGAAAGCAACAACCUGUUGGUCAUCGGUCUUCCUGCUGAAAGGGUUCCACUGCUGUAUCUGCAGACGGUGGUGGGAGACGUAGUCCGGACACUAAAAGUGAUGUACGGCUCCUUAGACAGUGCCUUCUGUAAGGCCGACCAUGCUCCCAGGUUGGACCAUUUCUUCUGCCUGUUCUUUCAGCAGCUCAUCCAGCCAUCCCGCUUGAGGGACGUCUCCUCAGCCCCACUCCCCGACGUUUCGGGGACGCUUUUCCUCGACGGACUGCCGGCGGUCCGAUGGCUCACGCUGCCCCCAGAAAUCAAGAUGGAGGUGGACACUGUUCUCUCUGAUUUUGAGUCUUCUGAUUUUGGAGAAAUGUCAGAGGACUUUUUUGGCCUGAGGCGUCUGUAUGUGAUUCUUGGCUCCUGUUUGUUCUACAAGUCCUACCUGAUCGCCAACCAUCUGCCUAAAGAGGACCUGCUGGAUGUGUGCCUGUACUGCCAGCACUACUGCCUGCUGCCGCUGGCGUCCGAGCAGCGGGUGGGUCAGCUGGUCAUCUGGAGGGAGGUGUUUCCCCAGCAGAGAUCUAACGGCAGCAGCAGCAGCAGCAGCAGCCCAGCGCCGGGCUACAGCCCACCUCAAGGACGACACUUCCUCCUCAUAGUGGGGCUGAGGCACUUCAUGCAGUGUGUGCUGUUGGAGGCAGGUGGAUGUGCUUCACCAGCUUUGGGCUCUCCAGGACCUGAUUGUGUUUACGUCGAUCAGGUGAAGGCCACCUUGCUGCAGCUGGAGGUGUUGGAGGCAGGUAUUGAGGAGCGUCUGAAUGCUCCACCUGCUCCCUGCCUGUCCUGUGCUGACUGGUUCCUCCCCGCCGCCACGGCCCGUGACCGCCUGGACAGCCUGGCCUCUUCCUCCCCGGUCUUCAGCAAGCUAGCCGGAGCAGUUAAAGGCUCCUCCGUGGGGUCCAGAGGCCGCAGCCUGUUCGGGGAGAAAGCCCGAAGGUCCAGCCCCCAGAGGAGCCUGUCGGACAGCGGGAGUGAGGGACAGAUGGAUGCUGGGUCGGGGUCUGGUUCAUCAAUGGCUCCAGGCCUCAGUCCACAUUCUACACCGGACUCG